CGUGGCUUCGACUCUUGGUGCAGCUUCCGGUGCACCUGCAGGCCGUCGUUAGUGCUGAAUCCUUUCCAGCACACCUCACACUGGUGUCGCUUUUCGACACUGUGCCGUUGCUGAUGCUUACACAGACUGGCCUUUGUUUUCAGCUGAGCUUCCAGCAGUUCCAGUUCCUCUUCGAAUCCGACGCUUUCUUCAGAAAUAUCGCUUAUCUCGCCAUCAUCGUCGCCGUUGUCCUCGCUGCCUUCCCGUUGCAUGGCUGCUUCCGGCGGAGCGAUCGAUGUAUCACCGAAAUCUCGCCCACUUAAACCCCUACGAACUGCACAAGCAUCUGAUCAAUGAGUACAUCCUCACCAAACCGGGGGCAGCGAAGGAGCUGUUCCAGCGAGACACUUCUCGGGAUAAAACGGAUCACGAUGUCGUGCGCGAAAACCACCGCUUCCUGUGGGACAGUGAUAGUGAUCCCGUGGACACCUGGGAGAAACAGCUGGCCAAGAAGUAUUACGAUAAGCUAAUCAAGGAGUACUGCAUUGCCGAUCUGAGCCGCUACAAGGAGAACAAGGUUGCGCUGCGCUGGAGAAUCGAACAGGAGGUGGUGAGUGGCAAGGGACAGUUCCGCUGUGGUUCGCGGAACUGCGAAGAACAGAACGAACUGCGGAGUUGGGAAGUAAACUUUGGGUACCUUGAGCAUGGCGAGAAGAAGAAUGCAUUGGUGAAAUUACGUCUCUGUCCAAAGUGUUCGGACAAACUGAACUAUCGCUCUAAAAAACGAGAAGUGAAGCGAAUGAAGAGACGAGAACGAAAGGCGAAAGCUUCUAAACACAAACCCAGGCCCAGGUCUUCUAGCGAAUGUUCCGAAGAAGGGAAUUCGCCGGAACAGGAACCAACAACAGAAGAACCGAGUGAAGAACCAACGGACAGCCCAGAUCGCGCAGAGCAAAUCCCAUCGAUCGAAUCACAGGACUACGAAAGCAAUUGGACAAAGGGUUCUGAGGUCGAGGAAAAAACGCGUGAAGAAGAAUUCGACGAGUACUUGGAAGAUCUUCUACUGUAAUGCGACACCACCACAAGCUCUAUACUGAAAAAAAGUGCAUAAUACUUGAACUGUUUUUUGUAAAAUAAAUCUUUAAACAUA